AUGGCGACGGAGAAGACGAAACACGAGGGCAGAGUCAAAAUAGGACACUAUAUCCUCGGCGACACGCUCGGAGUGGGCACGUUCGGGAAGGUUAAAGUGGGCCAACACGAGUUGACCAAGCACCAAGUAGCCGUGAAGAUUCUGAACCGGCAGAAGAUCCGCAGCUUGGACGUGGUGGGCAAGAUCCGCCGGGAGAUCCAGAACCUUAAGCUUUUCAGGCACCCUCACAUAAUUAAAUUGUAUCAGGUUAUCAGCACCCCGACGGAUAUCUUCAUGGUGAUGGAGUAUGUCUCCGGAGGGGAGCUCUUUGAUUACAUCUGCAAAAAUGGAAAGUUGGAUGAGAAGGAAAGUCGGCGACUCUUCCAGCAGAUCAUCUCGGCGGUGGAUUAUUGCCACCGGCACAUGGUGGUGCACCGGGACCUCAAGCCGGAAAAUGUCCUGCUCGACGCACACAUGAAUGCAAAGAUAGCCGACUUUGGUUUAUCAAACAUGAUGUCCGACGGAGAAUUCCUGCGGACGAGUUGCGGUUCCCCUAAUUACGCUGCUCCUGAAGUCAUCUCGGGAAGGUUAUAUGCCGGUCCCGAGGUGGACAUCUGGAGCAGCGGCGUCAUCCUUUACGCCCUGCUGUGCGGCACGCUACCAUUCGAUGACGACCACGUGCCCACACUCUUCAAGAAGAUUUGCGACGGUAUCUUCUUCACGCCGCCAUACCUGAACCCCGCCGUCACCAGCCUCCUCAAGCACAUGCUGCAGGUGGACCCCAUGAAGAGGGCCACCAUCAAAGAGAUCAGAGAAGACGACUGGUUCAAGCAGGACCUUCCCAAGUACUUAUUCCCCGAGGACCCGUCCUACAGCAACAACAUGAUCGACGAUGAGGCCCUGAAGGAGGUGUGCGACAAGUUCGAGUGCACCGAGGAGGAGGUCCUCGCCUGCAUCUACAACCGCAACCACCAGGACCCGCUGGCCGUGGCUUACCACCUCAUCAUCGACAACCGGCGCAUCAUGAACGAGGCCAAGGACUUCUACCUGGCGUCCAGCCCGCCCGACACCUUCCUAGACGACCAGCACCUGACGGUUGCCGCCGUCAAACCCCACCCCGAGCGUGUGCCCUUCCUGGUGGCGGAGACGCCGCCGCGGCCCCGCCACACCCUUGACGAGUUAAACCCCCAAAAAUCCAAGCACCAGGGCGUGCGGCGGGCCAAGUGGCACCUGGGCAUCCGUAGCCAGAGCAGACCCAACGACAUCAUGACCGAAGUGUGUCGUGCCAUGAAGCAGCUGGACUAUGAGUGGAAGGUUGUGAAUCCUUAUUAUUUACGGGUGAGAAGGAAAAACCCGGUGACUGGCAUGCAGACCAAAAUGAGCCUUCAACUCUACCAGGUGGACAGCCGAACCUACCUCCUCGACUUCCGGAGUAUAGACGACGACAUGUUGGAAACCAAAUCUGGCACGGCGACGCCUCUGCGCUCCGGAUCGGUGGGCAACUACCGCACAACGGUAAAGAGUGACACGGACGGCGCCGACUCACCCGUCGUCCCGCCGCCCAAAACGGGCACCGAGGGCUCGCUGGCCUCCUCGCUCACCUCCUCCAUUGACUCGACGGGAGGCGUCGACCUCCCGCCAGUGCCUCGGCCAGGGAGCCACACCAUCGAGUUCUUCGAGAUGUGCGCCAACCUCAUCAAACUGCUGGCACGAUAG